AUGCCUGGACAGAAGAGAAAAUAUAAUGUUCGUUUCCCACCAGGUCGCAUUAAGAAAAUCAUGCAAAAAGACACAGAGGUGGGAAGAAUUGCCACAGCCGUACCUGUGAUUAUAUCGAGGGCUUUGGAGAUGUUCCUGAAAUCUCUCCUCACCAAGACCAGCCUGAUAACUGAGUCAAAGCACAGCAGAGUCAUGUCCAUCAGCCAUAUGAAGCAAUGCAUAGAGUCAGAAAAGCUCUUUGACUUCCUAAGAGAGCUUGCAGCACAGGCCUCCAGUACCUCUACACCUAAAGAAGGCAAAGCCAGGGGGAAAAGGCAAGGCCACAGGAAAAUAUGGGAGGACAUUUCAGUCAAAGCCAAAAUCCCCCAGUCAGAGGAGAGGCCAAAGAGACCCAGCACUGAGACACUGGUUAGCAACAGCUCGUCCAGUGAAUCUGAGCUCUUCAUUUGCUUGGAAACAGAUUCACCCUGA